CCCUCACUUUACAGGAUACACGACAACUCCGAUUUCGACGCGGCAGCAGAACCUGACUCGGCUGGUGAAAUAAGUUUUCACAACAACAGAAGCUCGUUUAGAUCUUAAUCUCCGUUUGCUAUUUGCAAGCAUUUCGUGGCCCUGCCCCUUGCGCGGUGACUCAACGCCAACUGCGACGUGGCCUGAGUUUGUGGCCAGGCAGCAGUACUUAUAUCAUCAGUACAAAAGCGCAAAAGCCGAUCGCAAAGCUCUAGCACUUGGAAGAAGUUCAAGAAGCAAUACAUCAUCAAUUACCAACGCUACACACCUUCAUCAUAACCACACUCCACCCUCACAGCUCAGCUCAUCCACUAUGGCAUCCUUCGUAGUUGACCUAUGGGAGUCCAUCUUUGUACCCGGCCCUACCCCAGUUCUCCUGCAGGCCGCCAAUGCGACAUUUGCUGCUCUUCAGCUUCUCCUCUUUAUUCUCCUCUGCUCAACUUACAGCAUCCACUUUGUCGUCCUCUCAGUACUUUCGGGAGGCCUCUGGUGGUCCAUCAACUGGUUUGCGGCAGAACUAGCAGCAGCCAAGGCCCGGGGAGACUUUGACGGGAAGAAGGAGUAUGUGAAACCAGAUCAAGAAGAAGACGGCGAAGAAACAGAGGUGGAAGAUGUUGGUAAGAAGCCUAAGCAAACUACCGGCGCCGACGCCGACGCAAGCACCAGCACAGUCACCAAGCGAAAGGGUGGCAAGGCGGCAAAGGCAGAGGCUUCUGGAGUUAGCACAGAAGACGAAUGGGAGAAAGUAUCUAAUAACGAGUAAGAUACUGUGUCACAUUGCCUUCGAUUAUGGACUACGCGUCUGUGGCAGCAAUAGUCUUGCAACGACCAAAUUGACGCAAAGAGUACAUCACCUGUUUUUGUAUCAACAGAUAGCUAUCCCAUAGCCACUCCUGGAAUAAAUGGGGUAUCUUUAAC